CAUGUACACGGCUGACGUUUAACUGAAGUUUCACGCUUACGAGACGUUUACAUUAUUUUUAUUAUCAUUCGUGUCAUUCCGAUGUUCUGUUAAUUCAUAAAUAAGAAAACAUUUCUGUUUUACACGAUGCAAGGUGAUUAUUCAAAAAUAAUUGCAAAAAUAAAUCGACAAAUCGGGUCAGACGUAAAAAAUUUGUCGAAAGCCCAAGGUUUAAUUGAAACGUUCAAACAGGACUUCACCGACACCGCGCUAAAGUUGAUGGUAAACGAUGACACUGUGUCGUCGAAAAUCAAAACCGCCAUCCGAACGGGACGUUCCAUAUGCGAGACAAUUGAUGUGCAACAAGAAAAAGUCAACAAUUUUCACUUGCGUUUGGAGGAGCAGCUGAACGAAAAUGAAAACAUUUUGGACAGUACUGUGAUGGGAUCGUUGGGCAAAAUACGAAAACUUGAACAUUUGUACGAAUACUUCAAAGUGCUGAAGGAUAUAUCAGAUAUAAGCGAUGGUCUAAAAGAACAUUUGUCUGGAAAGGAUGAACAGAAGACCAUAAGUUAUUACUUGUUACUGUGUGGCGGUUUGAAUUCCUCUGAUAACAUUAUCGAUCGUUUGCAAUACGUGGAAGCUGUUCAUUUAAAAUCAUAUGCCGCGGAGACAGCAACUUAUUGGUACGACGUUUUGAUAGACAAGUACUCAAGAGAAUUCGAGGGACUACUAAAAAUAAUAAAAUGGCCAAUAACAUCACCAAACGAAGUAAAUAACACCCACAGGGACGUUAUCACCAAACUGGGAGUCAUCGCAGAAUAUCUGUUUUUGAUCAAACCUCCUGGUGAUGCCAACGAUUCCUAUGUUAAAAUAACGCCAUCCAUUAUUUGUCCGCCUAUUAGUACACCAAUACAGUUACUACUGAAACCUUACCGCCAGAGAUUCUUGUAUCACUUUACUGGUACGCGACAAACUAAUCGAUUAGACAAACCCGAAUGGUUCUACACACAAGUAUUGUCUUGGGCCAAGGAAAGCAAUUUGUUCGUGUCGCAAACAUUUCAAGCAGCUGCCCUACUAGCUUAUCAAGAAAACUUAAAUGUCAGGCUGGAAUUUAUCCGGGGACUCGUGCAAUUGACGAUUGAGAAACUGUGCAACGAUAUCGAACAAAUAGCGGAGGACGAACAUUUAUUCGCUCAUUUGAUCGAUGAAACGUUGUCAUUCGAACAGGAAUUGAAAGACACAUUGGGAUAUCCAAGCACAUACAUGAGCGCAAUUUCUGUAAUCACACAGCCGCAAUACAUCAUGAAAUGGUUGUCAGCCGAAGAGAAAUUUUCCACAUCUAAAAUGGAUACGAUGCUGACGAUCGGAUCGCCAUGGGAGUUUAUCGAUCCAAUCAACUUGGAAGAAUUAAAAAUUCCACGGUGUGCGGAUCACUUUAUUCGACUUCUCGAUGCUAUCAAAGAAAGAUAUUGCAAUCUACCACAACCUAGACAUCAAUUACAAUUUCUAAAUCUUCAGUUGGAACUCAUCGACAAUUUCCGGAGGAGAAUGGCACAAUUGCACAGCAGUUCGGUGAAUGGUGUUAGUACAACGAAAAUACUCAACGCAAUCAACUACUUGAUUUCUGUACUACGAGAAUGGGGAGAACAAGUGCACUAUCUUCACCUUCAUGGUGCAAUACAUGGUACCAAUUCUGAGGAAAUAUCGUUAGUAUUCGAUCAGUAUAUAGACGAGUUUGAUCAUUGGCAACGUCAACUCAUCAGCGAAUUAGCAGCAAAAGCUGUAAACAAUAUCAAAGCCAAAUCGUUGCCGUAUCGUCACGACAAUUGGAUUACAAUGCCAACACACAAUCUGCGUGAACCAUUGUUGCUAUCGAUUUCAGCUAGUGAAAUGUUUCAGGUGAUGGUUAGCAUUCUUCACAAUUUAGAGACGGAAUUGGCGUCGAAUAUCUUCGACAUUACCAUUCGAAUGAUUGCCAAGCAAAUUGAUAGCUUCUUCAUCUACAGCAUGAUUUUGAAUACAAAAUUUUCAUCGGGAGGCACAAUUCAAUUCCAAUUUGACAUGACGAGGAAUCUGUUUGCGCUAUUUGGUCAGUACGUUAGACGUCCCGAAUUGUUAUUUAAAAAGGUUCAUGAUGCAUGCAUUUUGCUUACAUUGCCAAGUGGAAGUGCUAUUUUACUGCAGCAAACGUUAAACAAUUGUGAUAACACUAAGAAUGAAGAGGAGCUCACAGCGACGUUGAAAGAAAUUGGUGUGAAUAAUUUGGAUCAUUCGCUUGCUUUGGACAUUUUGGACAGGCGAAACGAUACCACAAUUCAGUGAACGAAAAUAUUGAAAUAUUGGGUUGUCAUACAUGUGCGUGCAGUGCACAGGCAAAAAGGAAAUAAAUCUAUUUUGGUUAACGAA